AUGAGUACAGCAGUUGUUAUUGGACUUGGUUUAGCUGUUGUAGGAUUUACAGGUCGUUAUCUUAUGCGACAUGGAAAAACAUUAGCAGAAAGUUUGAAUAAAACAAGUGGAGUUAUUGCUGAAGGACUUUCAUCAAAAUAUUAUAAAGGUGGAUUUGAUCCAAAAAUAAAUCGACGUGAAGCAGCACUUAUAUUAGGUGUUAGUCCAACAGCAAGUAAAACACGUAUACGUGAUUCAUAUAAACGAUUGAUUAUUCUCAAUCAUCCAGAUCGAGGUGGAUCACCGUAUAUUGCUGCAAAGAUUAAUGAAGCAAAAGAUUUUUUCGAAAGUAAUGCCAAAUGA